GAGACCAGAUAUUAUAGGUCAAAUGUGCAUGUGGCAGUCUGAGGCUUUGCCGGAAGCUGUGGAUGGUCCAGGAGAAGAAAUGUAGCCCCUUGCCUCCAAGAUGCCCCCUCAGCCCCUGCUCAGGUGGGGACAAGAAUCUGGCACAGGUGCCCCUUUUCAAAGGUCUCAGCAUCCGCACGCUACCUCCUGCCGCCACUUCCACCUGGGCCCCCCGCAGCCGCAGCAGCUGGCGCCCGACUUCCCCCUGGCCCACCCCGUGCAGUCGCAGCCGGGCCUCAGCGCCCACAUGGCCCCGGCCCACCAGCACAGCGGCACCCUGCACCAGUCGCUGACUCCGCUGCCCACCCUGCAGUUCCAGGACGUCACAGGUCCCUCCUUCCUACCUCAGGCCCUGCACCAGCAAUACCUCCUGCAGCAGCAGCUCCUGGAAGCCCAGCACCGCAGGCUCGUCUCGCACCCGAGGCGGAGUCAGGAGCGCGUGUCUGUCCAUCCCCACCGCCUCCACCCCAGCUUCGACUUCGGCCAACUCCAGACGCCUCAGCCCAGGUAUUUGGCUGAGGGUACUGACUGGGAUCUCAGUGUGGACGCCGGCUUGAGCCCUGCCCAGUUCCAGGUGCGGCCCAUCCCUCAGCACUAUCAGCAUUACCUAGCGACUCCUCGAAUGCACCACUUUCCCAGAAACUCCUCCUCCACGCAGAUGGUCGUCCAUGAAAUCCGAAACUACCCUUACCCUCAGCUUCACUUCCUUGCUCUCCAGGGACUGAACCCCAGCAGACACACCUCCGCAGUGCGGGAGAGCUACGAGGAGCUGCUGCAACUUGAGGACAGGUUGGGAAAUGUGACCCGGGGAGCUGUACAGAACACCAUUGAGAGGUUCACUUUCCCCCACAAAUACAAGAAGCGAAGACCCCAGGAUGGCAAGGGCAAGAAGGAAGAGGGGGAGGAGUCAGACACAGAUGAGAAAUGCACAAUUUGUCUGUCUAUGCUGGAAGAUGGAGAAGACGUGAGGCGCCUACCCUGUAUGCAUCUCUUUCACCAACUGUGUGUGGACCAGUGGCUCGCCAUGAGCAAGAAAUGUCCCAUCUGCCGAGUGGACAUUGAGACACAACUGGGAGCUGACAGCUGAGGGAAGAAUUAGCCAGUGGACGCCCCAUUUUCCUUCACCAGGUCCCCCCACGGCCAUAGCCCUUGCAGCCAAACUUUGCCUUCUGAGCCAUUUGAUGUAGAGGAAAAGCCUGCAAGCACGUUUUGUGGAAAGAGGAGUUGGCGGUAUCAGUGUCUGAGGGAAAGGAGGGGUGGGGGGAGGACCCCCCAUCCAGAACGGUGACUGCCCCCAUCCACCUCGCUGCGCGGGAGGGAGCUGGCCGUGCCCGGAGCAGGGGUGGGAGGGGGGGGCCCACGCUGCUGAGAAUCUGGAUGUGAACUGGAAGGCCCUAGCUGAUAGACAGGCCCCUCAAUCCUGUCCUUCGAAGGGUUGUAUAUAUACCUCUCGACCACUUAGAAACCACGUAGGGGUCUCUAGCUAUUUCUGUGGAUGGCAGCCGGAGCAUGCUAGCUUAAGAAAAAUGUCGUGUGUGGUGCUCUAGUCAUCUUGUGGUGGACAUGUCGCUAUUACGAAUUCGCACCAAAUAUUUCUCAUUGAGUUCCUUGUUUUGGUGCCUGACUGAACCAACCAAGGACAGCCCAAAUCUAACCGUCUUUACGAGAAAAAAAGGAAAAAGGAAUCAAAGGUGAAAAAAAAAAAAAAAAGCCAAAUCCUGUUCCUGGUGAAAAAGGAUGAUUUUUUUUUUUUCACCCAGGUUGGGAGGCGGGAGGGGGCGUUCUUGUUUUGUUUUCGGUUUUGUUGUUUCCUUUGCUUUUGUUUUUCUCAUGUUUACAGUGCAUGGAGUGUGGAAGGGGAACAUCUGGGGAAGGGGAGGACUAGAAAAGGAGCAGAGGGGGGGCUUAGGUGGGCCCCUGAGGGGCUCAGCCCGGGUAAGGAGGGCAGAGUUUGGGUGGGGGAAGGAGAGAUUCGGUCUUGAGGGAGGGCUCCCCAGUUCCAGGGCCCAUCUGCUUCGUUCCAGCAGUGUGCCCGGUUCUGCAUGGAAGUAGGGAGGGGCAGCCUUCAGCUAGAGCUGCCCCCGAGCUCCUCAGAGCCAGGGUGUCCCUGCUCAUGCCACCUUCUUCCUUUCGGCUGUGCUGAAACCCUGUCACAAAGAGGCAAUUCGGCCACUGCCUCCCUAUGCAAAAAAUUAACUGCAUGCUGAAGAUAUGAUAGCGUAGGUGGUAGACGCUUGGCCUUGGCCAAGGUGCUCUCAGGGGCUGGGGUCAAACACCGUGGACCUAGAGGAGGGCCUUCAGCUUCUUUUGGGGUGUCUCAGAUCCCAAUGGAGUCCCUCCGAGAUGGCCCCGGUCCUGAGAACUGUGUUGGCUGGGUUUGGGAGGCCCCAUGUCCCUAGUAUCUGGCUCCUUCUCUGACUCCUUGAUCACCAUGGGCAAGUCCCUCUCUUUCUCUGUGCCUCAUGUUCCUUCUCCUUAGAGGGGAGACAGUGACAGUGCACCCCCAUUGCCACCUCUUCUACCUCCCCCAGAUGUUGUGAGGACUGACACUACCCACCCCACAAACUCACGCCCCAUCCUGAGAGCCUCCUUCGGGUUUAGGCACGGGGGUGGUGGGAGAGACAGACCUGGAGGUUCCAAGGGACACCACACAAGGUGUCUGUCUGCACCACCCCACAAUUUUUCUUGAACCUCAAAGGGAGCAGAGAGAUGGGAGGACAGAAGAAAGGAGAUGGGAAAAUCCACCAAAUUCCAACCCCAACCCAGUGUUCUUCACUCACGGGUGAAAAACCCCAGCCCAGCUGGAAUUCUGCUCCCUUCCUUUGCCCCUCACCCUCCCUUAUUUGCACUUCCCUCAAAGCCUCCCUCUCCCCUCUCCCUUCCCCCAGUUUCAAUGCCCUCAUAUCAGUAAGAGAAGACUAAGGAGGACAGGAUACUUACCCCAUAUAUGAAGAAAUUCUGUAAGGUUUAGGAAACUGACUCUGCGCUGCUGCUGCAAAGGGUACAUCCAGCACCAACGGGUAAAAAGGACCGAGAGGCAGAUUUUGGCUUGAGGUAGAACCUUCUGGCACAACCAGAGCUGUCAGGCGAAGGCGUGGCUCUUCUGAACACCUGCAGGCACAGCAUGGGGGAUGUGGCCGGCUUCUGGUGGGAGCGUUACGCUCGAGGAGCUUACUCAGACUGAGGCCUCUUCCAGCACCCAUACUCUGGUGUUCUAUAAAAUCUUUCCUGAGUGCCUGCUCGGUGCUGGGAGAGAGGACAAUAUCCCCACCUCGAGGAGCUUACACUUUAGCUGAGGAGCCAAGACGCAUAUAAUAGCACAAAAAUGGUGACUCCCUGAUGCGCAGUUAACAGCAACGCGCAUUACAUUGUCCGGUUCCGCGGUUCCGGUGUGUGAACCAUGUCUCCACGGCUGGAGAACCCACCGGUGUAGGAAGGUGCGUCCGAAUCAGGAUUUCGGGGAGAUUUAGUUACCAGUAGCCACAGGAGGUGGGAAUUCUCCCCAGCCUGCUGUGACCUGGGGGUAGCCAGGGUGGUCUCGGGAAGGUCACUCCCCUCUCCGUCUGGGGCUCUUGUGCUCUCUGAGGCUGGCAAGUAGAGCGAGUCGGUGUGGAACCAGAUGGCGCAAGAGCUGGGGUGUGGGUUCUAGUCUUGGCUUUUUAAUGACAAAGCAUGCCAUGCUCCUGGGCCUCAGUUUCCCCAGCUGUAAUGCAAGGAGGUUGGAUUGGAUGCUUGCUAAAUUUCCUUCCAACACUCACAUUCUCUGAUCCUCCCUGACAUCAACCCAUCUGUCAAGUGGUAGGGCCGCGUGCCUACCGAGCUGUUGGAAACAACAUCCUCUGGGCACCAACAUCUGUCUCAGAGGCUGAGAGUGGGGCGCAGUCCCCUCCCUCACCCUCCCUGUUCCGAGCAGGCUCUGAGUGCCCCAGGCUAACAUUAGGCACUGACUCGGGUGGGAAGCACCCAGAGGGGAGAAGUCAGCCACCGACUUUGGGACUUUGGGGGGGUGGAUCCCGAAGCCCCCCUCCCCUCCCCAUCUCUCUGGGGCCCUUGUACCCUGUAGGUGGCACAGGAGGGCACGAGGACUCAGGCUCCUGCGAGCUCCAGGCUCCUUAGGCGGACAGCUCUCUGGGUGAGAACUCGGGAGAGGGGUCUGUACUUCUGCGCCCUGCCCUUGAAGCCCCCCUCUCCCUUGUUGGGGAGCCUGGGAAGAUGACGAACAGGCAGGCUCAGGCCUCCGCAUCUUGUACCCACCACCUCCGGAAGGGGAGACCCCCGGUAGUCCUCCUACUGCUCAACUCAAGGGACUCAGACCCUUUCUUGACUGAGACGCAUGAGUGCCUUCUGGGGCGAGAGCCACCCCAGGAUUCAAGUUGGGCCUCCCAGCCGCAGCACAGCCCUGGCCGCUGCAGGUCGCCAAGGACGCCAAUCUGCGAAACCAACACCACGGGCGGCUGGCGCGGGCAGAGGCCCGGGCGCGGGGCUCCUCCCCCUGCCGGGACCCCGGGCCCUGGGACCCUGGCCCAGCAGCCAUGGCAGGACUCAAGCUCCUCUUCCGCAAAUGUCCCCAGCCUCCCUGCAAGUAUUCUCAACUCUUUACGCCUAAUGAACAAGCACAGUUUUUUCAAUGGUGAAGAAAAAGCACCAGAUCUUUUUCUUUUUUUCCUGAAGAAAUCCCCCAAGCCCCCCGCCUCCUGGCGGGGCAAACACUCCCCGCGUGGGGCUGUAGCAACGUUUGUCAGGUCCCCCUGUCGUGUUUCAUCUCCUGCGCGUAGAGCAAAUGCUAGAGCGAUUUCAGCUGAUAGAAAAACAAAAAUGAAAAAAAAAACCACAAAAAACAAAAAACAUGGCACGUUGCUAGUUUACAGGGUUUUGUGAGUUUAAAUGCCUUAUAUUUAACAAUCAUAAUUUAUGACUAACUUGUAGAUAUCGUGGGUUCUUAUUUAAUUAUUUUUAUAGUUGUUUUGCAUUUUUAAUUAUAAUUUAUUUAUUUAGAAGGGAUACUAAUUUUUUUUAUUACUCCUAUUACCUCAUUUUGGCGUUGUUUCUGGGAGUGGAAUGCUUUGCAUGCAUUGGUACGAUGACAACCAUGAACACAAAAAAAAAUUUAAAUAAAAUUCCGCGAACUUUAUUUCGUCCAGACUAUCAGGGUGUGUGAUUGCAAGCUGUCCUACUGUGGUGCUGGCCUCUUUGGGUACAUUCCAUACGAAAUGCAAACCUUGAUUCUGUAUGCUGUGACCUAGUGAAAAACUCCAAUAUAGUGACUGUAUUUAGCACAUAUAUAAAUAUAAUUUGCACUCGUCAGCAGACUGGGCUAAUCCUUUCACUUGCUACCCCGGCCCCCUCCCCAACCCCCAUCAUUAACCUGUUUUCCUUUCUUCCCUUACCCUUCCUACCACCUGGGCCCACCCCACCUCUUCUCUCCCAGCAAGAGCUGGGGGGCACUUGGGGGUCACUCUCUCCACCGGGGCUCCAGAUCUCUCUGGUUCCAGAACUGGGCCCCUCAGACAUUCCCGGCAGGAGCAUCUGAGAGCCAAAAAGCCUGAUUUAUUAGAAAGAGCCCUGGACUGGGGGGUCAGGAGGCUCGGGUUCUCAGACCAGCUCUAUUGCAAACUUCCCUGUGACCUUGAGCAAGUCAUUUGGCCUCCCUGAGUCUUGGUGUUCUGGGCAGGGCAGAGGGAGGUGAAGGGGAGGGUGUCUAGCGUCCCUCAGACCCAGAGAGACAAUGACACAGAAGGGGGGGGGCACCAGGCUGUGCUGUCUCACCCUCCCAGGAGAGAAGGAAUGGGAGGAGAAAGGAUGGAGGGACGAAGAGAAGGAGGGCCUCCUGAGGGAGACAGGGCAGCGGGAUGGGCAGACACGCCCUGGACGCAGGGCACGCACGUGCUUUCACAAGCCUCGGCAGGCCUUUACAGAGCGAUUGGAAAUCCAUGUGUUGUUAGUUGUGGGGGCGGGGUAAACAGAAUGUCAGCCCCCAAGUGUGGUGUUUGCGAUUGCCACUCCAACAUGUCCUCUCUUGGAGUCUUUGUUGUUGAGCAGAGCACUGGGACACAGAUUCGGGACUCCCUGUCUUUCCUCCCAGGGUCUUCGCCUCCUUCACCCUCCGCCUUUGCUCCUUGGCGGCUGUGGGCUGAGGGGAGGGGCUGCUGUGGAGGACGGGCAGGGCCCUAUGGUCUCAGCGCUCCUGAGAAGGAACGCUGGGGGACGGUUUGGGGAAGCGCCGGCCUCAAAGGCUGGCAAUGCCCUGAGCCCAGACGUCUUUGAGCCAAAAAAGAAAGAGAGGAGGCCCAUGUCCCCAGAAGAGGCCUCUGGGCCGGCUGAGAACCUAGCAAGGAGAGGGAGGACCACUCCUGUGCUCUCUGCAUGUUUGCCUCCUCCCUCCUGUCCUCCUUCCCUUUCUUUCCGGCUCAUCCUUCCCUCUUGCCUCUUGACAUCACUGCCUUUGCCUGGUGGAGAAAUCCAUCCUCCACAUGAGGCCCCUGGGAUGGUGCUGAUGGGGGAGGAGGCGGAGGCCCAGACUUGCCACAAUGCCGGCCCAGGCUUGCAGGAAGUGGCCGGGCCUUGUAGGGUUCCCAAGCCCCAACUUUGGUCCAGCUGGACUAUGGGUCCCGUUCCUUGGGCUUCCUGCCUGCUGCCUGCCCAUCUUCCCUUUCUGCCUCUGCCCUGGAGCCUUGUUCUCCUGCUUUCCUUGGAGAUGGCCUGUGGGGUCUCCCCCCGGGGCGUAAGACCACCACACUGCCAGGCUUGGCAGACACUGCCCCCCUUGGCAGGGCUCCUGGACGGACAUGCCUUAUGCUGCCCUGCAGGGUCAGAGUGGGAAGGGGCCCUUUGCCCUGGCUGGCCUGUGCCCCCACCUCCCCU